AAUAUAUUAAUGGGACUUAUUAUGCAACACUACGGUUUAUACCAAGUACUAAUCCUAUUGUAAAAAUAGAAACAGAGCAAAGGAACAAAACUGUUUUAAAUUUGCUAGGAAUUCUUGGUGGCAUUUGGAGUGCCAUGGCAGCUUUUUAUGCAUUUUUAUUUGGACUUGGUUUAAUUUCUCCAUGGGGUUUUAUACACAGAUCGCGGCCAUUCAAAAACCAAUAUAAGCAGGACUUCUUAGUAAACACAUUGGAUUUACAAUUUGAUGAAGGAGAAAAACUUGGUACUGAAGAACAUGAGAAUUCACCAACUCAAAAACGACUCGAUGAUUUAGAAAAAAACGUUGAACAUUUGAAAAAAUUUAAUAAAUUCUAUAAAGAAUUCAUUAUCGAUAUUUCAUUCAUAAAUUCUAUUAGAACAAAUUCAUCUCCUCUAUUUGAUAUGGAAAAAUGA